UGUACUUAUUUGAUGCGCAAAAAUUUAUGAUAAGAUAUUACUGAAAGCAGUUUUGAGUGACUUAAGUUAAGGAAGAACUUAUAAUAUGCAACUAACUUAUUUUCUUAUUUUAAGUUUUAAAAAACAUUACGUUCUACUAGGUUUACCAAGCAUUGUCAGGUGGAUACUUUAGCGUUGAGUGAAUGUCGUUCAGCAGGACAUUACACAACCGCCAGCAAGCUCAGCAGAUUAACUUUAUUCAGCUACCAUGAAUAUUUUGCCAAAGAAAAGAUGGCAUGUUCGUACUAAAGACAAUAUUGCACGGGUAAGAAGAGAUGAAGCUGAAGCUCGCAGAAAGGAUGAAGAAGAAAAGAGGAGAUCGCAGUUAGCUGAACAAGAAGCAAGGAUUAACUUUCUACAAAAGAGAACUUCUAUGAAGUCUGAUGUUUCAAAUGAUGAUAAUCAAGCAAAACAUGUCAACUUUUUUAAAGAAAUUGAAGAUGGUGAGUACUGUGUAGGAACUAACAAGGACCAUGAAGAUGAAAAAAAGAAGAAACGAGAAGAUUUUGAAAAGAAGAUUGGCCUAUUAAAUUAUCUGCAGGAUAGUGUUUCAGGACAAAACCUUUGGUACCUAGAGUCACCAGGAGAAAGAAUCAGAAAGAAAGAUGGUCAAUCAGUAAGGAAUGUAGAUGAGAAAGAAAAACCAACCAGUGUUUUACCUGCCGAUCCUCUAAUAGAUGUUCAACAGUAUCUUAAACAGAAACAUUUAAAAGAGAAGACAAAGAAAAUGUCGACAAAGCAGAGCAGUAACACAAAUGGAAAGAAACAUAAACAAGGAAAAGGUAGAAGGAAAAAACAUCUUCAACCUUCGGACGUAUCAGUGGAGCAGCUUCGUGCAGAAAGACUACAGAGAGAAAAAGAAGAAAGAGAACGAACAGAAAAAUUGCUGAGAGGGUUGCACAAAACUUCCAGAGAGGAAAGUGGAGAUAACUUAGUUGAUCCGGAAAAUUCUAGAUAUUACAAUAUGCAGUUUCAUCCUGAAUUAGCAAGACAGUCAAAACAUAAACUUUUUAAAAGUCCUUCACAGAGGUAAACUUCAGGCCGUGUUAAAAAUAAAACACCAACAUAAAAUCUUGUUCUAAUUUUUGUUUUGUGAUGAUGUGCUUGUAAAAAAUAUUCACUAUUUAUAGGUCAGAUUUGUAAACUUUCUAAACUGUUGUUUAGGAGCAAAUCUUCAUUUAUAGUACACUUAUUUUCUUUUUCUCAAAGAAGUGAAAGGCUGGAAUAAAUGUUAUCAUCAGUUCAUGUUAAAUUUGUGUACUAACGUCUGUAGUUGAACAAUUGUAGUGUUAUUAGACUUUAUUGUUCUUGUUGAAAACCAAUAAAAUAUAUUUCAUCCUAAAGA